AUGGGUCACCAGCAGCUCUACUGGAGUUAUCCUCAGAAGUUUGGCCAGGGUCCUCGCUCCUGCCAUGUCUGCUCUAACUGCCACAGUCUGAUCUGGAAAUAUGGGCUGAACAGGUACCAACAGGGUUUCUGUCAGUACGCUAAGGACACAGGCUUCAUUAAGUUAGACUAA